AUGCUGGCGGUGCGGUGCUUCUUGCUCUUUGCUGCAGUGGGCGAACGGCUGGCGGUGUCAGGGCUGUCAAAAUUAUCGCGUGUAAACGAGAGCCCAGGCCAGGAUGGAGGCCCUUGGGAUUGGUUCUCCCGGUCCGGGCGGACGACAGAGGGCGGCGACAUGACGGCCCAAGUGGUCUAUCCCAAGCGUUUGGUGCGGAGGACUGAAUCGGAGCGAGAAAUGGCUCGCGAGCACCUGGACACCAGGGUGAAAAUAAAUUACACACAACCCACCUCGGCCGUCCACCUGGCGCAGAGCAGUUUCUGGGUGGAAGCUUUCGGACGUGCCUUCACACUGGACCUGGAGCUAAACCAUCACCUGCUGUCCUCAGACUACGUAGAGCGCCAGUUCACACCGGAGGGACGACCUUUGCAGUCAACGGGAGGAGAGCACUGCUACUACCAGGGAAGGUUAAGAGGUGUGCCAGAAUCCUGGGCAGCCCUCUCCACCUGCCAUGGCCUGUGUGGGAUGUUUUCAGACGGAGUCUAUUCCUACCAGAUUGAGCCUGUUCACAAUGACAGCAACGAGGAAAAUCGCCCCCACCUGAUCCGCAGGAUGCCAGAUUUCAAACUCUCCCCUCAUUGCUCAGGCUGCACAGAGGACAGCAAGUUGGAUGGUGGAGAUGUUGGCGACGACCAAAGCGGGACCCCGCAGCGACAGCAGGAUGCUUCGGGGGCGCCCAAGCGAUCCAAGAGGUUCGCUCGCAGACCCUCCGUGCAGACCGAGACCAAAUAUAUCGAGUUGAUGGUGGUCAACGACAAUGACAUUUUUGUACAGCUGCGACGCUCCGGCAGCCACACGAAAAACUUUGCCAAAGCAGUGGUCAACAUGGCGGACGCGCUCUACAAAGAGCAGCUGAACACAAGGAUCGUGCUGGUCGCCAUGGAGACCUGGACCUCAAAGAACAUGGUGCCGGUGGUGGAGGACCCUCUGAGCUCGCUGCAGAACUUUAUGAAGUACCGGCGGGACAACAUCCGCGAGCAGAGCGACGUCGUCCAGCUUUUCUCAGGACGCACGUUUCAGAGCGGGCGUAGCGGGACGGCCUACACGGGAGGAGUGUGUUCCACCGCCAGGGGAGGCGGCAUUAAUGAGUAUGGGAAUGUUGGUGCCAUGGCCAUCACUUUGUGCCAGAGUCUGGGCCAGAACAUCGGAAUGAGAUGGAACAAUGUGCGAGACUCUGCAGGAGACUGCAGGUGUCCCGACACCUGGCUAGGCUGCAUUAUGGAGGAGACUGGAUACUAUCUGCCCAGAAAGUUUUCUCGCUGCAGCGUGGACGAAUACCUCCAGUUUUUGCUACUGGGAGGUGGCAGCUGCCUCUUUAACAAGCCUAACAAGCUGUUGGACCCUCCAGAAUGUGGCAACGGCUUUGUGGAACCCGGUGAAGAGUGUGAUUGCGGCUCCCAGGUGGAGUGCGCCCGAAGCGGAGGGGCCUGCUGUAAAAAAUGCACACUCACCCACGACGCCAUGUGCAGCAACGGGCUGUGCUGUAGCGGGUGUAAGUACGAGUUGAGAGGCGCGGUGUGUCGAGAGGCCGUCAAUGACUGUGACAUCCCCGAAACAUGCACUGGGGACUCUAGCCAGUGUCCUCACAACGUCCACAAACUGGACGGUUACACAUGUGAAAGUAAUCAAGGUCGGUGUUACGGCGGAAGAUGUCGAACUCGAGACGGACAGUGUAGAGGACUCUGGGGUUUUAAUUCAGCAGACCGGUUUUGUUACGAGAAGCUCAACGCCGAGGGGACUGACAAAGGCAACUGCGGUCGGGGUCCUGGCGGCCAAGGCUGGCUUCAGUGCAACAAGCCCGACGUUCUGUGCGGCUUCCUGUUCUGCGCCAACAUCAGUUCAAAGCCAAAGUUUGGUGACCUUGAAGGUGAGGUGACCAGCUUCACCCUCUACCAUCAGAACAAGUACUUGGACUGUCGGGGUGGCCACGCUCUGCUGGAGGACGGCUCCGACCUGGGCUACGUGGAGGACGGCACCCCCUGCGGGCCCAACAUGAUGUGCUUGGAGCGACGCUGCCUCCCAGUGGCGGCCUUCAACCUCAGCAGCUGCGCCGGCUCCGAUUCGGGGCGGAUCUGUUCCGACCACGGGACGUGCAGCAACGAGGUGAAGUGCAUCUGCCACAGAGACUACACCGGCAAGGACUGCAGUGUCUUUGAUCCCAUUCCGGAGCCCACCGUCCCAACGGGACCUGAGAAAAAAGGUCCCAGCGGCACCAACAUCAUAAUAGGCUCCAUCGCAGGUGCUAUCCUCCUGGCAGCUAUAGUCCUAGGGGGGACAGGAUGGGGAUUUAAGUAA